AUGAAGUUUGUCGCUAACUUUGUCGCUUUGGCUUUCGUGGCUGUUGCAUUUGCGCUUGCACCAAAUGAUGCAUACCAUGAAAAGUUGCAAGGCAACAUUAACCCUGACGGUAUUAAACAUGUGGAUGAGCAAUUCACAACCUGCGGUACAGCCGGUACUCGUUGCCUCAAACUUGCAUCUGGCGCUCGUGCACAAGAUGCAGCAUACUACACCAUCAAUUCAACAAAAGCAAAAUGCAAUGGUCAAUGGAAAUUACCUGGUGGCAACGGUGAAACCCGUGAGAGCGGUGAUUGUUUGACAACUCAACGUACAAGCUUUUUGAUCGAAUGUGCUAAAGACAAGAACGCAAACGGCCAAUCUAACUGGUUGGCAGUCUUUUUCAAUGAUGAAGAUACAAACUUCUUGGCUUACGGUGAUGCUAAAGCACGUUUUGCCCAAAAAGGUCAUACAGGUCCCUUGACCGAUCAAGACUCAACUAAAGACAACAACCCCAUCGUUGAAAUCAUUUGCCCACAAGGUAACUGAGCAAUACAGUGCGCUGCACUUUACGAUAAUUGACCAAAACUUGAAAUGUCAAUAAAGCGAGUCUGUCAAACUCUUCAUCAAUUCGUAC